AUGGGUGACGGCGUGGUUAGAGUUAUCGAAAGGUCUCGAAUAGCUGAGGAAACCGGAAUUUUGGACUUGUCGGAUUGCCAGCUGAUGCAAGUUCCUGAUGCAAUUUACCACCUGAUGCGAAAUUUAAGACUCAUCCAGGUAAACCUGGCUCGCAACGUCAUCGCCAAAUUGCCGCCGAAAUUUCCUCUCAAGUUUUCCCUCAUCACGAAGUUGGACAUGUCGCAAAAUAAAAUCAGGACGUUGCCUGAUGAGUUCAUGGAGUGCAGUGAAUUAACCACAUUGGACGUGUCGCACAACUGCUUCACUUACUUGCCAUCAUGCAUUUUCAAACUUCCUUCAUUGCGACGUCUCAAGGCCAAUAACAAUUACAUCACAGAUAUUGACACUGAGCGUUUGGCACGCAAACCGCUGUUGGUCGAGAUUGACCUUCGGGAAAACCCGAUCAGUUCGACGAGUCGUCGAGCCCUGGAAGCAGCAUCGGCGCCGGAGAGGAUUUGUCGCCUUCCUAUUGCCUUUUGGAUCAGUCAGUAG